AUGGAGGAGUUGACUGAAGGAAUUCGCUGGGCUUUUAUUGACAUGUUGGAAAAGGAAAAUGACUGGAUGGACUCUGAAACAAAAAGAAAAGCUUAUGAGAAGGCAAAAGCCGUUAUGGCAAAAGUGGGUUACCCUCAGUUUAUAAUGAAUGACACAUAUAUUAAUGAAGACAUCAAAACACUGAAGUUUACAGAAAAUGACUAUUUUGGCAAUGUGUUGCAAACUCGCAAAUACGAAGCCCAAUCUGAUUUCUACUGGCUUAGAAAAGAAGUUCCAAAAACAGAGUGGUUUACAAGCCCAACUACUGUAAAUGCUUUUUAUAGUGCAUCUACCAACCAAAUCAGAUUUCCAGCAGGAGAACUGCAAAAGCCUUUCUUUUGGGGAACAGAGUAUCCUAGGUCAUUAAGCUAUGGUGCCAUAGGAGUAAUCGUUGGCCAUGAGUUUACUCAUGGAUUUGAUAGCAAUGGUCGGAAAUAUGACAAAGAUGGAAAUUUAGACCCUUGGUGGACAACUGACUCUGAAGAAAAAUUUAAAGAGAAAACAAAAUGCAUGAUUAAUCAAUACAACAACUACUACUGGAAGAGAGCUGGCUUACAUGUGAAAGGCAAGAGGACUUUGGCAGAAAACAUUGCAGAUAACGGAGGUUUGCGAGAGGCUUUCAGGGCAUACAGGAGAUGGAUUGCAGAAAAGAGGGGAGGAGAAGAAGAGCCAUUGCUGCCAGGCCUUGAGUUCACACACAACCAGCUUUUCUUUCUGAGUUAUGCCCAUGUAAGAUGCAAUUCCUUUAGACCAGAAUCUGCGAGAGAGCAAAUACACGUUGGAGCUCACAGCCCUCCUCAGUUCCGAGUUAUCGGUGCUAUGAGCAACUUUGAAGAGUUCCGUAAAGCUUUCAAUUGCCCAGCAAAUACAACGAUGAACCGAGGGGCAGAAUCCUGCAGGCUGUGGUAG